GAGAGGGCGUCAAGAAGUUUGAGCCCCGCACAAGUAUGUGUGGAUUAAUCUGUCGUUUUCGAUGGGAUUUUCUUUUGUGAAACCUCUUUAGGCGCUGAAAACAAGCCAUUUUAACUCGUCACUGGGAGACAGCGUUAUCCAAGCCAUGGAGGCUGAUUUAAAGUCUGUUGUGCGGAAUAUUCUGUAAAUUAGCAUUGGCUGGCUAACAAAAUAUUUUCAUUAUAUGCGCGCAACUGGAUUAUGACCGGCAUCGCCGAGCCUUUUAUUGGCAUUUCUGGCCCCUUUCAAUUAUUAUUUUUAGGUUGAUGUGCGUCGGGAUGGUUAAACGCGUUGGAUUCGGUGUGAUCUGGACGGUAUUGGUCGGUGUGUGAUCACAGGGAAAGAGAAAGUGCUGCUAUUUGAGCUAACUGUGCUAAAAGUGGGUUUCAAAUGUUGUGCUUUGUUUGCCGGGGACUGAAACAGACGCAUUUCAGAGUGAUCAAAGUGGAAUAUUAAAUGCCUAACUCUGAGAUCAUUCCCCGUGAAGGUCGGGGGAGAAUCCCGCCGGCACAAAGGAGCCAGAGAGAGGAGCGACGGAGUAAGACCGGGGGCCACCGGGAGAAACAGCGGGAGAAGGGGCGAUCAGCGUCCUCCUCCUCCCGGAGGAAGAAACACAAGCACGCCCGGGAGAGGCAGCAGCUGUGGCAACAGCAAGAGGUGGUUUAUCGCGAUGACGGGGAUGUACGGACUCUGGUGGAGUAUGAUGAUGUGAGCUCGCAGUCCGAGCGCUUCUCCGCCAGCCCGUCACCCAGAACCGACACGCCGCCUGUGGACCGGCUGAGCGAAGCCGAGCUCCAGGAGUCCAGCUUCGGCGGAGCUUCCACGCCGCACAGGAGGAGCAGGAGAGAGCACGAGUCAUCUUACCCGAGGAGGGAAGAAAGUGGCGGAUCGGCGGAGAAAGGCAGACCGGAGAGGGAGAUGAAGAGGAAGGAGCGAGACGUGGCGUUCAAGUCCCGCAGCGUCGUGAGGAAUCACGACAGCAACGGGAGGAAGCCUUCAUCAGCCUCGUCCCUUACGGACAAAAAGGAGUCCAAACGACACAAAAGCAGGUCGAAGUCCGAGAAAGACCCCCCUUCUGCGUAUAGGGAAACGCCACAAGCCUACAGGGACGACCGGGAAGAACUCCGGGCCUAUAAGAGAACCAGUCCGAGCUUCAAAGCGGCGGAAAGUCCUUACGGAACAUCCUAUUCCUAUGGAUACCAGUCCCCUGAUACAAACUACCAAUUUAUAUCCAGGAGAAGCCCUAAAAGACCGUCUCCUAACUCGAUCUACUACGGUCGGGAUUUGCACGGUGCCUGUAACGUUUCAAAGUCACCGAGUUCGUACUCCAGUAGUAAGAGGAAGCGCUCGCCGACAAGCCCGUACUGGCGCAGGUCUCCGAGCUACGGCCGACACAGUCCCCACGAGCAGAGUGAGUUCACCUCCAGCCCGUACGGCCAGCGGAGACGCUCCUCCAAGAGCCCGUACAGGAAGUCCACGAGCCCCAGUCCGGACGUCAGACGGACGGGAAAAUCACGUAGCCGGAGCCCAUAUCAGUCGUCGCGUCAUUCUCGCUCACACAGUCGCCACCGCCACUCGCGUUCCCGCAGCCGCCCCUCCAGCCUGUCCCCUAGCAACUUGACCCUGAAGAGUAGCCUGGCAGCUGAGCUCAGCAAGCAGAAGAAAGCUAAAGCGGCCGAGGCUGCCCGUGUCAAAAACUCCAGCAAUGCCUCCACCCCGACCAAGGGUUCCUCAUCCUCCACCAGUGCCCCCCAGCCCAGCCCAGUCACCAACCACUCAGCCAAGAAGUCUAGACCACCCUCACCACCACCUGUGUCCGAGAAAGGCCCCAGAACUCCGGUUUCUAGUCAGCCACAAUCCCCUGUAGAUAGACCUGCCAAGAGGAUCUCUGACACCUUGCAGUCCAGCAGAGAUGGUAAGGUAAAGGAGGAGAAAAAGAAAGGAGGCCAGUCCAUGCUGGUUAAAGAGAAGGACAAGGAGAAAGCAGCUGGUAUUGCUGUCAGCUCUCAGAGCUCCAUUCCUGCAGCACCCAACAACCUGGAUCAUCUGGAUGGAAGCAUCAGUAGCUUGAAGGACAUCUCAUCGGCCCUCACAGGGAAGAAGAAACCAGAGAGGAAAGCCCGUCACCUUCUCAUGGACCUCCCUCUUCCUCCAGAGCUCCCUGGCAUCACAUCAGGUUCACCCCCUAGCUUGCCAGAUGAUAAAAAGAUCCCCAUCCCACGCAAGAGACCAAAAAUUUGUGGUCCACGCUUUGGGGAAAUCAAGGAGACAGAGAUAGACUGGGGAAAACGGUGUGUUGACAAGUUUGAAAUCAUUGGGAUCACUGGAGAAGGUACUUACGGGCAGGUGUACAAAGCCAAGGACAAAGAUACUGCUGAGUUGGUAGCACUAAAGAAGGUCCGUUUGGACAACGAGAAGGAGGGCUUCCCCAUCACAGCCAUCAGGGAGAUCAAGAUCUUGCGGCAACUCAACCACAAGAGCAUCAUCAACAUGAAGGAGAUAGUCACUGACAAAGAGGAUGCUUUGGACUUCAAGAAUGACAAAGGGGCAUUCUACCUAGUGUUUGAGUACAUGGACCACGACCUUAUGGGGCUCCUGGAGUCUGGUCUUGUCCACUUCAACGAGAGCCACAUUAAAUCUUUCAUGAGGCAGCUGCUGGAGGGACUGGAUUACUGCCACAACAAGAAUUUCCUGCACAGGGACAUCAAGUGCUCCAAUAUCUUGCUCAAUAACAAGGGUCAGAUAAAGCUGGCAGAUUUUGGUUUGGCUCGACUGUACAACUCUGAAGAGAGCCGACCUUACACCAAUAAAGUGAUCACACUGUGGUACCGCCCACCUGAGCUGCUGCUAGGAGAAGAGAGGUACACGCCAGCCAUUGACGUGUGGAGCUGCGGAUGCAUUCUGGGAGAGCUCUUCACUAAGAAGCCCAUUUUUCAGGCCAACCAGGAGCUAGCACAACUAGAACUGAUAAGCCGUAUCUGUGGCAGCCCUUGCCCUGCCGUGUGGCCAGAUGUGAUCAAGCUGCCCUACUUCAACACUAUGAAACCAAAGAAACAAUACCGGCGGAGGCUAAGAGAAGAGUUUGCUUUUAUUCCUCUCAUGGCCCUGGACUUGUUUGACCACAUGUUAGCGCUGGAUCCGAACAAGCGCUGCACUGCAGAACAAGCUCUCAACAGUGACUUCCUCAAAGAUGUGGAUCCAGAAAAGAUGCCCCCACCCGAUCUCCCUCUGUGGCAGGACUGCCAUGAAUUAUGGAGUAAGAAACGACGCCGGCAAAAGCAGAUGCCUGAAGAGCUAACUGCCCCCAAAGCCCCACGGAAGGAGCUGGGUCUGGACGACAGCCGCAGCAACACCCCACAGGGAUUUCCUGCUGCUGGAGCACACAAAGGGCAGAGUGCUGCUGUCACUACAGCCCUGUUAGACCCCAAAGGUCCCAAUUCACAACUGACUCAAGAACAGCUGGCUGUGCUUUUGAACCUCUUCCAGUCCAAGAGCACUUCUGUGGGAUCGGCCCAGUUUGCACAGACAAUGGGCUCUAAAAUGAACCCAGAGACGCUACAGCAGCUUUCCAAGGCUUUGCCCCCUUGUCCGUUAGAGUCUGAAAGACCCCCAGAACCACCUCCAAUCCCUAAAGUCUCCAAACCCCCUCAGCCUCCACCAUCGGGAGGCGGAGCGCCCCGUACCCCUCCCAUGCCUAAACCCCCUUCACCACUGACCCCUCAGCAGCAAGGCAAGGCUGAUGGAGAGGUCUCUGCUGCAGCCACGCAGACCGCUGUCACCAUGCUUCUCGCACAACUUCUCAAAGUCCAACAAGGUGCGGCAGGAGAAGUCAUCGGGUUCGAGGGGGGAGAGAGUACCAUCUCAAACACAGCGGGUGGGAGCACUGCACCCCCACUGCCACCGGAGAUAAAACCACCACCUGAGCCCUGCCCUGUAUCUCCAGUGAAUGAAGGUGGCAGCUCCAGGGCUCUAGAGCCUCUGUCCAUUCUCCCACCAGACCAGAGACCCCCAGAACCUCCGGAACCCCCUCCCUGUGCGGACCUGGACUACCGACAGGCCCCCGAGCCCAAGCUAAAUCUGCCCUCUUCCGCUGCCCAAGGAGAAGCUCCUAGACCUCCAGAACCUGACUAUCCUCCUAGACCCACAGACUAUAGCCGGCCACCUCCGCCCUUUCCCGGCUUUGCAGAUAGCUACCUCGGCCACAUGAUGGGGGGAAGAAUGCCCCCCCACACACCUCUUGCCCCAGAGACUUUUCCUUGUGGAGGUGCAGCCAGCGCGGCUGGUGCUGGUGGAGGUGGCAGUAUGGUGUUCAGUGGAGACAAGGACCAUCGCUUUGAGUACAAUCAAAGCCCACUGCCUGUGGGCCCCAGGCCCCCUUCCAUACCCCCACCACCUCCAGUCCAAGCCUGGACUUCACCAUCCCAGUCAGGGGCGCCACCCCUCCCGCUCGGGUACGUUCCCCAUGUGAACACAGCGGCACUGAGGGGCAGAGGACUCCCUUUUUGAUUGGCUUAGAAGCGACAGAGUGAACUUACUAAUGCCUCAGAAAAGGAUGACUCUAAAAGACAGAUGCUGUUGCCAUCAAUCCAGCACUAAGUGGACUAAAAGCUCACUUGAUUUGUAAUAUUUCUAAUAAUGUGUCCGUGGGACGAACUGUUUGGUAGGGGAAUUUUCGUUUCCCGCUCAUACCAUUUCAUAGAGCUGUUUUUUUUGUUUUCCCUCCAAAUGAUUUUGUAAUCUAUUCUACUGCUGUCUUUUAAAUUAAAAUUGUACCUUUUUUGAGUGUGCAUUUACCAUGCCAGGGUAAGUGUUUUUAUGAACUAUAUACAUUAGUGUCUCCUUUAAUUGCAUAAGGACAGACUAGUAUUACAAUGUUUUGCACUACUGAAUAAAGUAGGUGGAAACAAAGGUGUGAAUGGACUAAUGUGCUGUAUCUGCACACGUUGCAAAUGACCAGUAAUGUAAGUUUAUUUUUCAUUUUUCGGUCUUUUUCUUUUCUCUUAAUGAUUCAACGAUUAUGGGCUCUUGUCACAAGUUUAAAUUCACUAGAGGGGCUCUUAAAGGUCUCUAGAGAGAUUUGUAGCACUUGUGUGAAUAGCCUUGUUUGAACUGGUGUAUCUAAUGAACAAGUGAUUGAAUCAAAGCUGUUUUCUCACCGGUUCCACACCAGCUCUUGUCUAUAGCCAUUGUAAAAUGAAAGAGAUAAUUUACCAGUUUCAAGAAGGAUAUGAGCUUCGAUGUCGUCUUUUUUUUUUUUUUUUUAAUCAAUAUGCCCCUCCCCCCUUUGGCAAAUGUUUAUUAAAAAAAUGCCA